UCAUUGGAAUCACUGCAGUCAUGUAAGAUUAUAUUACAGAGUGGCAGAUUUCUUGCUGAGCUGCUUUCUAUUUUCACUGGAAAUUGAACAAGCUUAAAAUGAGGCUGCCUAGCAGCAAUAAAAUUUAGGGUUAGCAGACACCCGAAUCAAAGCUGAAAUUUUAAGUAUGAGGCUGGGACACAUGAUUUUAAAGCUGGCAUUGUGAAUUUUUUAACACAAACAUUUUUUUGGUGCCAUGUACUCUAGUUAGCAGUAUCUCUCUGGAGCUAUUGCUUCUUUAUUGAAUUUGCUGAUUUGUGCACAAAUGACUUAUUGACCAAAUUUGCUGAUAUCUACAUUGGAUGACUUGAAUGACCAGCACUUACUGCUCUUUUGCUGUCAUUUGUCGUUUUUAUUCCAGGGGGUUCCCUCUGAAACAGGGAGAGUCUGCUUAUAAAAUGGUCUGCAGUUCUCUGCUUCGUAGAUGCAGCCACCCCUUGUGUCGCCUCAUCCUCCCCUGGAGGGCACGGCAGUGCACUUCCUGCCUCUUCCUGUCCCAGCAUGCACUCUGCUACUUCAACUCCAGAGCAGUCUUCCAGGCUGCACACCUGUCUCCCUUCAGAGGUUCUGGGAGUGGAGCCUGGUUCAACUUCUACCAUCAGUGGGGCUGCUGGGAGCGAUGGUGUUGGAGUUUCAGCCCACCAGAGCCAGAUGACCCCCUCAAAGCGGCGGACCGUCCUAAACAUCUCCCCACCUCCAGAAGACCUGCUGGAUGACAGCCAUAUGUCCUGCCAGGACGAGUUAGUGCUCAACCCAGAUUCAGAGCAGAGCAGCAGUAUAUGGAUGGAUGAUUCCGUUUCUAACUUCAGCAUGCUGAGCAGCAGCUCGUACAAUGACAAUUCUGAGGUACCCCGAAAAUCCCGCAAGCGUACGCCUCGCCAGCGGCCUGGCCCAAAACCUGUGACCAGGGAUGAAGCGACCAUGGAUGUGUUUGAUGCAGACAGUGCAAAAGCUCCUCACUUUGUACUUUCACAACUGGGCUCUGAGGCGAAGGGCAAUCUCAAAGUGAGCAGCUUGGAUGUGGCUGGCAGUCAGAAGGGGGGCAUUCUUUCAGUGCAGUAUCCACAGAAAAGUGAGGGGAAGGAACUAAAGAUUUUAGUCCAGCCUGAAACCCAGCAUAGAGCACGAUACCUUACAGAAGGAAGCAGAGGAUCUGUCAAAGACCGCACACAGCAAGGCUUCCCUACUGUCAAAUUAGAGGGUGUGAAUGAACCAGCCAUACUCCAAGUGUUUGUGGCUAAUGAUGCUGGACGCGUAAAACCUCAUGGCUUCUAUCAAGCCUGCAGAGUCACUGGGCGUAACACGACAGCCUGUAAGGAGGUAGACAUUGAGGGGACCACAGUUAUUGAAGUGAACCUUGAACCCAACAACUCCAUGACCUUGGCUGUGGACUGCGUUGGGAUAUUGAAGCUAAGGAAUGCAGAUGUUGAAGCCCGAAUAGGAGUGGCUGGAUCUAAAAAGAAGAGCACACGGGCGCGGCUAGCAUUCAGAGUCAACAUUCCCAGACCAGAUGGAUCUGUCCUUACUUUGCAGACACUUUCAUCACCAAUCCUCUGUACCCAACCUGCAGGAGUGCCUGAAAUUCUGAAGAAGAGCCUUCAUAGGUGCCCAGUGACUGGAGGAGAGGAGAUCUUCAUUAUUGGCAAGAACUUCCUCAAAGGAACCAAAGUUAUUUUUCAAGAAAAUGCUACAGAUGACAACUCGUGGCAAGCUGAAGCAGAGAUUGACAUGGAGCUUUUCCAUCAAAAUCAUCUGGUGGUGAAGGUGCCUCCUUAUCGCGACGUGACAGUGACUUCACCUGUGUCAGUUGGGAUCUCUGUGAUAACAAAUGCAGGGAGAACACAUGAACUACAGCCCUUCACCUAUACUCCUCAACCAGAAAAAGUUGAUAUUUCAGUGAAGUCAGAAUUGCCAGCAGCAUCCAACCCUUGCACUUUUGAAGACCAGAUAAAAGCUGUGCAAACUGGGACAAGUAGUCUAAACAGUACUUUGAUAGCCCCAAUGAUAUCCAUAGUUAAACGAGAAGAAGUCACACCAAUGGAAGUCUCUACUAACCCUACAUCCAACGUUUUUAAGCCUGCAGAGAUGCUCAGUUCAAACCAACCAAUUUUGGAAAUCGCCACCAAUGUCCUGCCCAGUAGCAGCAAAUCCUUUCCUAGCCCUGUGCCUCUGACACCUGUUCACUCUCAGCAGUCAGCACCUCCAAUUUUUGCACCUCCUGAGCCUCUUACCACAAUUCAGAAUCAGGACAUCUCCCCCACAACAUCUUUUCAAGUGUCCUUGUCAGAAGACACAACAGUUCUUCAGCCUGUGCCCGCACAGGUCCCUCAGCAGUUCUUGCGGGAAACCCCUGAGACCUUGUCUCCAGAAGACAACAGUCCAGAUGGCACUGGAAUGGUGGUAGUGGGAAUGGAGUCAAGGCCUCCUCCAUCCCAGCAACCCCAGGUCCAGACCCUUUUACCUCGGGAUGAGGUAGCACAGCUGGAAAGAGCAGUACGGGAGCUUCAGGAACAGCAGCAACUUAACUCUGUGCUUUAUGGUCCAAAUCCUUCUGCAGAAAGCCUUCAGCAACAUGUCCAAGAAAACAUGAACAGUUUAAGGCUCGGUGGCAAUGAGAACACUCUGACCAACCAACAGCAGCAGCAUCAAGAACAGACCAUAUUGGAAAAUUUACAGCAGCAGCAUCAGAAAGCACUAGUGGAUCUCCAGCAUCAGCAAACAGUUCUAGAGAAUCUGCAACAGCAACAGAAGGUUUUGGAGAACCUUCAGCAACAUGCUCUUGGGAGCCUGCAACAGCAACAGUCACAUCACAAAGUUCUGGAAAAUCUACAGCACCAGAAAGUCCUUGAGAACAUUCAGCAACAAAAUUCUCUGGUGAAUAUGCAGCAUCAAGUAUUUGAUAAUCUGCAACAACAGCAACAUCAGAAGAAUUUGGAGAAACUUCAGCAAGAGCAACACCAAGAAGUCUUGGAAAAUCUACAAAAACAGCUACAGUCAGAACUCUUACAGCCACAAAUCCCUAUGCAGUGCACACCAAGUUUCUCUGGAGUACCAUCGGAUCAAAUGUCUGAACCUCAGAGCACCACACAGACAGAUGGCACCCUAUCACAGCCAUCUGAUAGUUUUCUCCAGAACCCAGGCCAGCAGUCACAGCAGCAAGCACUUUUCCAACAGGCAGGAGGGCUGCUUACUAUUCAGACAUCCAGCUUCCUUCAGCAGACUCCCUCCCAAUCUUCACCACCUCAGCAGUUGUUUCAGAGCCACUCCCCAAUGACUGAAACACAGGACCCACAAGCAGCACUCUUUGGCACUUCAAAGCCUAGCCAGGUCCAACCUGCCAUAUUUCCUAAUACAAUGUCAAUGCUGGCAACCACUAAUUUAUCUCCAGAGCAGCAGGCACCCUCAACCACACUUUUCAUUUCUCAAGGUGUUCUACCUAGUCAGAUAACAGCUGACAAUACCCAGAGCCAACAGCAGCAACAGAUAGCCUUUCUCACACCCUUGCAAACGUCAGCUUCAGCACCCCAGACAGUCUCACUUUUCCAAGGACAACCCCAGUUGACCACAUCAAUGGAACAGCAGACUCCCCAGCAGCAACGAAUCCCAACACCCCAGCAAACUUCUCUUUUUCAGAAUAUGUCCACAAUAUCCCAAAGCCAGGGUCCGCAACAACCACAGACUGGUUUAUUGUUCUGUGCGACUCCAAUGAACUCACAAGAUCUGCCUCAGACUCUCCUAUUCAGUGGCCAGAACCAGGGUCCAAUUGGUGGGGAACCACUCCCACAGAAUAUCUUUCAGGACCAGCAGCCCAUGCAGGUAGUCCCAAGCUCUGCAAAUGUUACAGUUGACAGUUCCACAAACCAGUCUAUUGUACCUCCAGCCCAGCCUACUCAGAAUCAACAAAUUAUUUUUCCCCAAGCCACUCUGGUCAAUGUGGCCCAGCAGGAUUCAUCAGAGCCUAUGUCCUUCCAAGAUGAAAGCUCUGUUGUGGGUGAUCCAUCUGCCAAUAUGCCUUCAACCCAACCAGGGCUUUUUCAGGACCAGCAACCUAUGCAGGUUGUUCCAAGCGCUGGUAGUGUUGCCUCUGUUUCUUCUACAGAACAAGCUUCUGUCAACAUUUUUUUGCCACAGGCAGCCAUUUCAGCCUUGCAAAGUGCUGUGGGCACCCAAAAGAUGCCUCAGGCUGCUACAGCAGCAUCCAUUUUUAGUGGGCAGGGUGGAGUGGCAAUUGGAGGGUUGCAGAGCUCCACCUCAACCUCCAGUCAACAGACACCUGAUCCACUGUUUCAGACGGCUUCUGGGAGCAACCUCAACCAGCCUGGGCAACCCGGACAAACAGGCCUAUUUUUGUUUGAGAUCCCUACUGAUCAGCUUGUCACCAUGGGGCAUCCUAGUGUAGAUCAUAACCAGGGCCAGCUCCAGACUAGUACCCAGAUUCACACUUUAUUGGACCAACAGUCCAAUAACAUCAAUGAGAAGAUUGACAAACUACUUGAGCAAUUUCAAGAACAAGGGAAGACGCUUCCCAGAGACUUCCUAGACCAGUAAACCUACUCUGAAACAUCAUCUUGUUAAGCCUCCUUGAGCUCCGUUUUGAGCUUGUACAUGUAAGUGUAAUGUGUUGUACAACCUGGAGGAGGAUCAGCAUUUUUUAAAGCUUUUAAUGUGGUUUUUUUUGUUUUUUUUUGGAUUAUGUUGGCUAAUACAGGUGGGUGUAAUCACAUUUAGUUGUCUUUAGGGAUAAUUAUUGAUCAACAUAAUUGGGGCCAAUGAAUGUUCUGGCAAGUCAGCAUAAUGUGACCUGUCAGGGCAGUUCAUAUCUCAGCAGUAUGUGUUGUGUGAUCAUUAUCAGUAUAUUUUAUACUGAGUUAAACAUUUUCCAUCUAAUUAAUAGAAACUGACACAAAUCUAGAAACUGACUUAGAUUGACCACUUUGAAAGAUACAUUGUCUAUGAAUUUUUAGAUGGUAUGUUUAGCACUUUAUGGAGGUUCUAAAAUGAGACACUCCCUUCUAGGUUUCAAGCCGUUUAUAUCCACCUGUUUGCUGUGUAUGUCUGUUUUUAUAGCAUUUAGUCAAACUUUCUCAAAAAGGUUCUCUAUUUUUUACAAGUUGUCACAUUUAUUCUCCAUUUUCACAGUAAACUAUUUAACGAGCCAUGUUUAAUGUUUUUAGAUAAUUGUAUAGUGUGCUCACCUUUCAUCCAUACAACAUGUAACAUUUACUGUAUAUACUUGUAUGUAGGUAAGAGAUUUUUUUGGUGUACCAUCUAAAACAUUUUAUAAAGAAGAGAUCCAUCUUUAGUCAUUCCUGCUGGGAGAUGUGUAACAAUUUCUUGUGAACAUGUAUGUUAAUAUCUAAUACUGUUGUUGGAUACAUCCACAGGCUAGCCUAAUUGAUUCCUCUGAAACUCUCAAGGUUUCACUUUAUUAGGCUGUGAAUGGUUUCAUUGUGCUCUAAUAGUGAGAGAGUGUGGCAGUUCUAAUGUAAGAAACAUUUUUCUCAUUAAGCCAAAUCAGUCCUAUGGUUAGUAAGUUAUGAUUUGAAUUGUCUGUGUCAGGCAUCGAAAUCAAAAGCAGUGGCGGCAGAUUUGGUUUCAUUGAAAGACUUUGUCUUCAUUUGUCUGCACUGCCCAUAUGCUCAAAUAAUUUGAUCAGUUUAGACUGAAGCUGUAAAGAAAAACAAAGUGAAAGUUUCAGGAUUGUUAACCAAGCUAUACACAUGCAUGCCCAUGACACAAUGUGUACAGUGUAUUUGUGUUGUGUGUUCAGUAGAAGCAAAUAGAACAUUUAGAUAUCUGGACUAUGUAAAAUGAAGGUCAAUCCAUGGUUUUUUGUUUUUUUUUUGUUGUUUUUUUUUUAUAUAUAUAUUUAAUGUAUUAGACAGUUUUUCCAUUGAGCACUAGUUGCUGGAAAGAUUUAUUAAUAUAAAAGGUGGGUCAUAGGUUUUCUUUGGAUAUGGAAAAUGAAGUUGUACAGAGUUCAUUUUUAACACAUUAGUAUAGUGGUGCUACAAUGUUUACAUAACCAUUGCUGUCACCAUUUGGACUGAUAUUAGUAAAUGCCUCAUUCCUAAAGGUUGACACUGUCAAUUUGACGAUAAUUAUGGAUUAUCUUCUUUUGGGAAACAUUUUUCAUGAUUUGUCAAGCUUUUGAAUUUUGUUACAUGACCACAUAUGUGUUUUUAAAGAACCAGAUUCAUAGACACAGACUUGCAACCUCCCAUUUUUUGCUGAAUGAAGAUUAGAUUUUAAAAAGUAAUUGUCAGUUUUCAUUUCCAUAAGCAGUUUAUGCACUGACAUUUUCACAUGAAACAGUAAAUCAAUUAAAAUAUUUACUUGUUUAUCCAGUAAAUAUUUAUCGAGUUUAUAUUUAUUUUCUUUAAAAACUUACAUUUCUUCAGAAUACAAUUGCCUCAUCUAUUGCUUAUUUAUCAUUGACCAUUUCCUGUACUUGUCCAACAUCACUAUGUAGUCAUAUUCUAAUUAUGUAUUUAAUACUUGCCACAAACUGUAAAGACUGUUUAGUUGUUGUUUCUUUCAUUGUGACAUUGAUUUGUUGAACAUGUGCUGUCUUCAUAGUAAAAUGUAAUCUCUCACCUGUAUAAAGUGAGCCAUACAUACAGUAUUUUUAUAAGAUUUAAAUUACUAAAUGUACUAUGUACAUUUUAAAACAAUUAAUCCCUUCUGCUGUACUGUACUGCAUGCAUCGAGUUAAGGCAGAGAAAUUGAUAAUACUGCUUUUUUUUAAACUCCCCACCACUGUGUUAUGAAGCAGAGAUUCUGUUGACAAGUGAAACUCAAAUGCCAUCAAUUUAGACCUGAAAAAGGAGAGAUUUUUAAAGAAUACAUAGGCUGAUUUGGAAUAUAUGUUCCAUAUAAAUAAAUAGUAACUCUGAUUUUAGAGUGAAAGAAUGUGCUUUUACUUUGAAGUGUAGAAAUAUAGAUUCACACUACAUCUGCCUAAGGACCAAUUAAUAGGAGAUCUCUUCUCUUAGAAUAUGGCAGAGGAAAACCUUUUGGUCUUUUUGGAUUAUAUAUCUGCAAGUUCCUGGUUUUUAAGUUCCAGUGUUCAAGCUUGAGUCAGAAUGUCAUACGGUAUGCCUGGCAAGAUAACCAGAAACAAAUGCAGAUUAUUUCUGCACAAUUCAUUGUAAGAACUAAAAAGGUUUUAAUUAGGAUACACAUAUUUAUUCUAUUUCCCAUUGAAAUGUGCUAUUUUAUUGGAAGUACUUUGUGCCUUUCCAUGCUGUACCCCCUUAUUACUAAAAUACCUUUGUAAUUAAUUAGACAUUUUGGAGUUUGUAGUUCAUCUUUGAAGUGAUCCAAAAGGUCAAAACUGCAAGAUUUCUAAUGAUAUUUUAGUUGUCACGUCUAGGUGUUGUUUACUAGUUGAUCAAAUGCAGAGACUUGGUGCAUUUGAGCUUUAGAUCAUGAAACUGCUAUGCAGCUUAACCCCCUCCGCUUUUUUAAUUUAAUUUAAUUUUGUAUUUAUUAUUUCUUUAGCGAUUUGGCAUAAGAAGGUACAGGGCAGAAAGAUGACACUUUUUUUGGCUCAUUCAAAAAAAAAAGGCAUAGUGAAACAUGGUUUCUGACAGCAACCUUAGAGUGCUUACCCCACUCACCAGCAGUUUGUGUGUGUGUGUUUGUUUUUGUGUGUGUGUGUGUGCUUUUUUUCCCCCCCUUUUUCAUUCAUAUGCAUUUUUUUUACUAUGAUUUGCUUUUGUUGUGAAUAAUGUUACUUUGAAGUCAUAGGGAUAACAGUUUACUUAUGAGUGUGUCUAAGUAUUGUGUGAAUAUUCAUGUGAAGUAAAACAUUUAACAUAAAUAUACCUGUAUUUUGCUUUAAAACAGUACAUUUGUAUACUCUUGCAGUUAUAUUUCUGUAAAACGUGCUGCUAUCUAUAUAAUAAAGAUAGAUCUGAAUUUUU